CCUCUCUAAUCAGAGCGCACCAAAAUCGGCCCACACGUGACGCACGUGGUAUCGACCCUGAGAACCAGCUCUCCACGCUUUUGUCUUCCACUCCAAACACAGCGAGCCCAGCCAUCACCACCGUCGCUCGACACUCCCCACCCAUCCAUCAAAAGCUAAAGUCAGCAAUCAGAGCCUCACGAAUUCUUUCUCCUCCCAUUUUCCUCGGCUGUCUCCAUGGCUGCCCACGAUCUCUCCUCCCCUCUUCUCGCCUCCACUACUCCGCCGCCGCCGCCGCAUCUCGUCCUCACCGUUGACGGCGGCGACGACGAUUCCAAAUCCCGUCAACCCACCGCUAACCACCAGAACGGCGGCCGGGCCCACUCAAAGACCAAUCACCACAUUACCCCUCGCUCCAACUCCACUACUCACCACCGAAACCCUUUCGAAUUCGUCGGCUCCGAUGCUUCCUUCUCCGCCCCCCCGCCCUGCACCAUCGAUCCCUUCCGCAACGGAACUCCCCGCAUCGACGGACUCUACGAGGUUCUGAAGAUUCUGCUGCUGCUCCCGAUCGUGGUAAUCAGAUUGGUGCUCUUUGGGCUCUGUUUAGGGGUGGGCUACAUAGCUACUAAAUUGGCGAUUUUGGGAUGGAAAGACAAGCACAACCCUAUGCCCAGAUGGCGUUCUCGCCUCAUGUGGGUCACUAGGUUUACCGCCCGUGGCAUUCUCUUCUCUUUUGGCUACCAGUGGAUACGAAGGAAAGGAAAGCCGGCUCCCAGAGGAAUUGCUCCGAUCGUUGUAUCAAACCACGUUUCCUACAUCGACCCCAUUUUCUAUUUCUAUGAGAUGUGCCCUACCAUUGUUGCUUCCGAGUCGCAUGAUGCUUUGCCUUUUGUUGGAACUAUCAUCAGAGCUAUGCAGGUUAUAUAUGUUGAUAGAUUCUCACAACCGUCAAGGAAGAAUGCUGUCAAUGAGAUAAAGGAUCUGAAUACAGAGAAAGGGAUGUUGCGAUAGAUUUCCUCGAGUGCUGUUGUUUCCUGAAGGAACCACCUCCAAUGGAAGAAGCCUUCUUUCAUUUCAACUUGGAGCAUUCAUCCCUAAUUACGCAAUCCAACCAGUGGUUGUGCGCUAUCCACACGUUCAUUUUGACCAAUCUUGGGGGAAUAUUUCCUUGGCAAUGCUCAUGUUUAGAAUGUUUUCCCAGUUUCACAAUUUCCUUGAGGUGGAGUAUCUACCAAUAGUUUCUCCCCUUGAUAAUUCCAAAGAAAACCCUGCACAUUUUGCCAAGAGAACAAGUAAUGCUAUGGCAUCUACUCUCAAUGUUGUACAAACAUGCCAUUCCUAUGGGGAUGUGAUGCUCUUCAUGAGAGCGGCUGAGUCUGGCCAGGAGAAGCCUUCAAAUUUUAUGGUUGAAAUGGCAAAGGUGGAAUCGUUAUUCCACAUACGCAGUUUGGAAGCUAUGGACUUCCUAGAAAAGUUUCUUUCUAUGAAUCCAGACUCCAGUGGCCGUGUUAGAGUCCAUGACUUUUUGAGGGUUCUUAAACUGAGGCCUUGCAUCCUCUCAGAAGAGGUUUUUGCGUUCCUUGAUGUGGAAAAGAGUGGAUCAAUUACAUUCAAACAGUUCUUAUAUGGAUCAUUGCACGUCAUGAAACAACCACAAUUCCGCAGUACGUGUGAACUGGCAUUUAGCGAAUGUGAUAUUCUUGAAGAACAUGAAAUCUCGCAACACGAGUUUGGAGAUGUCAUUCGACUUGGAAUCCCAGAUUUGGAUGACGCCGAGGUUCAUGAAUUGUUCAAGUUGUUUGACGUGGAGGGGAAAGGGAGGGUGAGCAAGGAUAACUUCACCUCCUGCUUGAGAAAGAACCCGUUGCUUAUAGCUCUUUUCUCGGCAUGUUUGGCUCACAGAGAUGCAGUGGAUGAUGAUGAUGAUAACUCAAUGGUGGAGGAGAUAGUGUGAUUUUUUGAAGUUAUUGCCUAGCAUAUUUUGGGACAUAAAUCUUGUUAUGGGUUUGAUUAUUGUGCUGUAAUCCUUUCCUUGCCCUCAAACCCCACACAGUUUGAUAUCGUUUUGCUUUUGUGUUGAUAUAUUGCUUGUCAAUGGAGAGAAGGGAGAGAGAAACAGUAGUGCUAGGAAGAGUUGGGCAAAGGGUAGUUUUUGUACCAUGCCACACUCUUUGAAGGUAUCGGUCCCGGUUCUCGCUGUGAUUAUUGGUGUGAUGACUCAUUCUCUGCCUCAACAUUAGAGCCCAAAGAACAGAAAGUGUUUUGACUUAAACAGUUGAUGUGAAAAGUACAUGAAUGGGCUCAAACGAUCUAGAGAAGAAGCUGUUUUCCCGGCUACACAAUUUACGGUAUGCACAGAAGGAA